AGUCUUCAAAGCCACGUUACUCAGAUAGCCUCGUUGCUUCAACAUGAAGAAGAGAACAAACCCCUACGCUACUUCUACUCCCUGCUGCAACAACAAAAGAAGAAGAAACAAUCCAGAGGUAGUGCUUCCUAGGGCUGUCUUCGAGUCCAUCUUCGAACGUCUUCCUCUCAUUGAUAUUGCUCGGACAAAAGCUGUCUCUUCCUCCUGGAAAUCCUCUGCAGAAUCCCUCCCCUGUUCUCGCCUCCAGAAAGCCCCAUGGCUCUUGCUUCCUCCUAAAGAUGAAGAAGAAGAAAAUGACACGCAGUCUUGCCGCUUCAAGAACAUCGAGGAAAACAUUGCUUACUGUCUGAAGAAGAAAACGUCCGACUUGCUUUUCAAGUUCCCCUGCAUCGGGUCCUCAAACGGCUGGUUGGUUUUGCUGGACCAUACUACUUUCACCCCCUUUCUUUUCAACCCUUUCACCGAGGUCCAAAUCCAGCUUCCCUCUCUGAAAUCUCUCUUCAACAUAUCAGAAAUAUAUCAAACAGACUGUGGUGAUUAUGAAGUUAAAUUCGGGAAGCAGUCCAAGUACAUAGAUCUACAAUGUCUGCGGCAUUCUUUCGUCUCCAAAGCAAUAUUAUCGGCUGAACCUGUUGGAGAUUAUUGUGUGGUUUUAAUCUACAAUAACAACGGCCACAAGCUUGGAUACUUUAGGAAUGGAGACAAGUCGUGGACUGAAUUUGACAACAGUUGGUCGGGAAAAGUUUUUCAUGGGUACGAAGAUAUCAUCUGCUUCAACAACAUGCUCUAUGCAGUAGACAGAAAUCGAGGCAUUCGUGCUUGGGAUUUACAAAGUCAUCCACCUGUAAAAAGAAUGGAAGUCACCCCUGCUAUUUCUGAGGGAGCAAAUUCCUUUGGAGAUGAUGAUGGUGAGCUGUGCAACAUUCGAAGUAGUUACUUGGUGGAAUCGGAAGGGAAGUUUAUUCUAGUUGACAAGUUUGUUCGUGAAGGAGAAGAGAUUCUUGACGACUGCUUAUACAGAACAGAACAGUUUCGGCUUUACAAGUUGGAUUUGGAUGGGGUGCAAUGGGUAAAGCUGAAUUCUCUGGGGGAUCGAUCCUUGUUUCUUGGAGGAAACCAUUCAAUCUCCAUAUCCACGAAAGACCUCCCAACUUGUAAAAGAAACUCAAUUUACUUUACUGAUGAUUACUGGAUUCGCAUGUUGUUUAAAGGGUGGAGUUAUGGACACGACAAUGGAAUAUACAGCUUGGAAGAUGGAAGUUGCUCGCAAAUUUAUGGAUUUGAAUCGGAGAAUGUCCACCCAUUACCUUGUUGGAUUGUUCCAAACUCCUGCAAAUUUGAUGUCUGAGUUCAUUAGUUGAAGUUUUUUGUUGUAGUUUUCAAAAGAAUUGAACAUGAUGUUUAUAUUUGUAUAGAGUGCAAGUACAAGUUUUGUUCAUUUAUUCUGAGUGCCUAUGCAAGAAGAAGUAUUUUUCAUCCAAUUUACUAUACCUUUUUUAUUUUUAUUUUUUGUGAAUAUGAUUGGUUCAUAAUGUUUGUUGAAAUAAAUCAUCGCAAUAAUA